UCAGUCCCUUACACUUUUGAUCAGUUAACGAAUGACUUGGCAUCACUCAAGUACUGCUGCUGGAAUUUGAGCUGAGGUGAACAUGAAAUUGUCUGUUAGCAUCUUUUUGCUGAGCUGCUUCACUCUGCUGAGGCUUGGCUCAGCAAUUCGCUGUUACAGUUGUAAAGAUUACACAGCCAGUUGCUCCAAACAACGAGACUGUAGCUACGAUGACGCCUGUUUGACGCUCACAGAAAGAGGAGGGAUGACCUUCCGCCAGUGCCUCAAGUAUUCAGACUGCGAGUACAGCCGACUGGGACAGAUGUUUCCACAGGUUUCUAGUUUUACAUUUAAGUGCUGCAACUCCGAUUUGUGUAACUCCGCCCAUUCGACAGUAGCAAGUUCCCUGAUUGGUGUGCUAGCAUCAGUAGCCGCCACAUGGUGGGUGACCCACUAACAUCACCUGUUUGAUGACUGAUCCUAGCUUCUGCCAUUGGUGCCAAUGCGGAGCUGAUUUAUUGGUCGGACAGGCGUCUUUUUGGGAUAAAAUCUCACGGAUGUUUGCAGAAUUUUAAUAUGGUUCCAAUUUGUUUAUUUGGUAUAAAGCUGCAUCAUUAAUGUUGAACACUGACAAAAAAAUACACAUCCAUGUUUGUUUCUCGGUGAUGAGGACGUAGCCUACGGUAAAUUAGUAACAUAUCACCAGUAAAUUCAGAUAAAGGCAGGGAGGAGAGUGGGCAGUUUAACAUUGAACAGACAUAAAUAUGUAAGUGAAGGCUGUAACUACAACAAAAAUCAUGUCUAAAUGGACAGUUUUUUUUAAAAAUGAACAACUUGUGUUUUCUUUUUAGGAAAGUGCCCGUUUUUAGGAAAUGAUGCAGAGAAGUAUAACAGUUUCUUAUACUUUGAAAUUUAUAAUGCUGGCUUAUUAGGCUGUUUAAUGCCGCUGGAAGUUACAUUUGCACUGCGUUACCAUUUGGCUAGCCGUGAUGUCCACAAGUCAGAAGUUGAGCUGCACUGUGUUUGUUCAUGGUAUGCAACUAUUGUCCUUUCAUGUUCUUUACCUAAUCUAUUUCAUGUAGGAAUAAUUGCUUGAUCAUGUUUCAUAAUUGACCCUUCAUUUUGUUAUCACAUUUAAGGCUAGUUCUGAAAAUUGUGACAAGCUUUCAAUUUACCUUGCAUUUGACACCUAUCCUUAAAUGUAUAUGUAUACUUUAUGUAUACUUGAAAUGUUGUAAUUUUCUUUCAUAACUACUGUAAACGACUACUGUAAACAAA